ACCUAACAACCUUCUAUAUUAUUCACAGGAAUUCACCCCACCAUCAUUUCAGAGUCAUUCCAGAAAGCUUUGGAGAAAGGUAUUGAAGUACUGACCAACAUGGCACAGCCAGUUGAACUGAGCGACAGGGAAACCCUGCUAAACAGUGCAACUACUUCCCUGAACUCAAAGGUUGUGUGUCAGUAUUCCAGUUUACUUUCUCCCAUGAGUGUGGAUGCAGUGAUGAAGGUGAUUGACCCAUCUACAGCGAGCAGUGUGGACCUCAGAGAUAUUAAAAUUGUGAAGAAGUUGGGAGGAACAAUUGAUGAUUGUGAGCUGGUGGAAGGACUAGUCCUGACUCAGAAGGUGGCAAACACAGGUGUAACUAGAGUGGAAAAAGCCAAAAUUGGCCUAAUUCAGUUCUGCCUCUCUGCUCCAAAGACAGAUAUGGACAACCAAAUUGUUGUUUCUGAUUACGCUCAAAUGGACAGAGUACUGCGUGAAGAGAGAGCUUAUAUUCUAAACUUAGUUAAGCAAAUCAAGAAGGCUGGAUGCAAUGUGCUGCUGAUUCAGAAGUCUAUUCUGCGGGAUGCUCUUAGUGACCUCGCCCUACACUUUCUGAACAAAAUGAAGAUCAUGGUGGUUAAAGACAUAGAAAGAGAAGACAUUGAGUUUAUAUGUAAGACCAUUGGAACUAAGCCUGUUGCUCAUAUUGACCAGUUUACUCCUGACAUGCUGGGCUCUGCUGAGCUGGCAGAAGAAGUCAACUUGAACGGUUCUGGAAAACUAAUAAAGAUUACAGGCUGUACAAACCCUGGAAAAACAGUAACCAUUGUGGUACGUGGAUCCAACAAACUUGUUCUAGAAGAAGCUGAGCGUUCAAUUCACGAUGCCCUGUGUGUCAUUAGAUGCUUAGUUAAGAAAAGAGCUUUAAUUGCAGGAGGUGGAGCACCAGAGAUAGAGCUGGCACUGCGCCUCAAUGAGUACGCCCGCACUUUGAGGGGCAUGGACUCGUACUGCGUGCGUGCCUACGGGGAUGCACUGGAAGUCAUACCAUCUACACUGGCUGAAAACGCAGGUCUCAAUCCUAUCUCAACAGUAACAGAGCUGAGGAACAGACAUGCUCAAGGAGAGAAAACAGCUGGCAUUAAUGUCAGAAAGGGUGGCAUCUCCAACAUCCUGGAGGAGUUGGUAGUCCAGCCACUGCUCGUGUCUGUGAGUGCACUGACUCUGGCAACAGAAACUGUGCGCAGUAUCCUUAAGAUUGAUGAUGUGGUGAACACUCGGUAAGCUGAAUAAAGGAAGCUGGGACUGUGCUCUGGAGCUCCUCAGCUGUAGUCUGAGCUGCAGCUUCCUCACCAAAAGCGCCUGUGUGAAUUGUCUUAAAAGGUCCACAAAGGCUUAUGUACUUUUCUCACGUUAAUUUAAUACAGUUCCUGGUUUCAAGAAAGAAAUGUUGUUUAUCAAUAAACAGGCACUAGUCUAUUUGA